AUUAUUAUUAGUGACAUUAACCAGAAGCUUUAGUCACAGGAUCAUUAAAGAUUUACAAACAAGUUGAAUUAAUUUACUUUACAUAGGUUAAUUGUCUUGGAGCUGCCGCUAGUUUGACCAAUCAGAAUAAUGGAUCACGAUGAGGAUAGCAGUGAUAGAGAUUGCGGUCUUGUUGAAUCUGAUGAAGAAACUCGAAUGGCUGAGAAGGAGUUGGCUGAGGAUGCACAAUGGAAAAUAUUCCAGAAAAACACUUUCACGCGUUGGGCUAAUGAGCAUCUGAAAAAAACUGAUCUUCGUAUUGAAGAUUUAGAGACUGAUUUGAGUGAUGGUCUUCGUCUAGUUGCUCUUGUCGAAGUUUUAUCAGGACAUAAGUUUCGACACAUUAACAAAAGACCAACGUUCAGAACUCAAAAGCUCGAAAAUGUAACUACUGUUUUAAGAUAUCUGGAAGAAACUGAAGGCUUGCGCCUCAUCAGUAUAGACAGCAGCCAUAUUGUUGAUUGCAACUUAAAGCUCAUACUUGGUUUAAUCUGGACCCUUAUUUUACAUUACUCUAUAUCUGUACCUCUAAUAGCAGAUGAAGAAAACGUUCUCCAAGAUGAUAGAAACCAAACUCAGGGUCCUAAACAGCGUUUGCUCGCUUGGGUCAAACAGAAAUUGCCAAUAAUCCCAAUUCGAAAUUUCACCACAGAUUGGAAUGAUGGUAUAGCUAUUGGAGCUCUCGUUGAUGCUUGUGCUCCUGGACUUUGUCCGGAUUGGCCUCACUGGGAUCAGCAAAAUCCUUUGCGUAAUGCCACGGAAGCUAUGACAGCUGCAGAUGACUGGUUAUCUAUCCCCCAGUUAAUUCGGCCAGAAGAAAUGAUUGAUCCUAAUGUUGAUGAAAAGUCCAUGAUGACUUAUAUUAGCCAGUUUCCCAAUGCUUGCUUAAAAGAGGGUGCACCACUGCGAGCUAAACUGAAUCCUUCGAAAGUACGCGCAUAUGGUCCAGGCUUGGAAUCAAAUGAAAAUAGAAUUGGUACACCGGCUAAAUUCUAUGUAGAAACAGCUCAUGCUGGCAGAGGUCAGUUGGAAAUACUUGUAAUCAAUUGCAGAGGUGUCAGAGAAACGUGUGAAGUGAUUUUCGACAAUGAAACAAAUCAAACUUACUCCUGUGUGUAUGAACCACGUUUAGAAGGUGAAUAUCGUAUAGUUAUAAAGUAUGGUGGACAUGAGAUACCUAAUUCACCUUUUCGUGUUAAUGUCAAGGGAAUAUUUUUAGACCCAAGUAAAGUAACUGUAAGCGGUCCAGGACUACAAAAUUCCGAAGUCAAUUGUGUUGGUCGUCGUACUCAUUUUAAUGUACAUACUCAGAAUGCUGGAAAUGGAAUAGUAGACUGUUACAUUGUUGAUCCACACGGCCGAACUGAUACAGUCAAACCACGUAUUACUUGCCCCGGUGGUGAUGGGUGUUUUAUUGUUGAAUAUACACCAAAAGAAGUUGGUGUCCAUCAAGUAUUUGUACAGUUUGCGGAGAAACAGAUACCUAAUUCACCAUUUCAAGUUGAAAUAGCACCUAGAGAGUCUGGUAAAGCUGCAGCAAUCGCUGCUCUUUCAGCAGUUAUACAAAAUUCAACAUUCAAUCAAAAUGCCAAACAAUCUAUGCCUAAUGAAGUACCGGAAAUAAAGAACACUUCAAGACAGAAUGGUUUUCAUGAAAAUCAUGAUGUUGCUGUUGUGGAAACAUUUGAUAAUAUGAAAGUAGAAAAUGGAACUGACUCAUCUGAUUCUUUAUUGAUGAAUUCAUCUGAACGUAAAAAUGAAAAGAAACAGUUAAUUGAUGAUCCUGUCAAAGAAGAAUCAUUUAUACACGAAAUAAUUGAAGAAGUUCAUCCUGAGUUAGCUUAUGCUACUGGAAGAGGUGUACAAGCUCGUGGUAUACGUGUACAAGAUCGAGUGAAAUUUUCUGUUCAUACUGAACGAGCUGGUGAUCAAGCUCCACUUGCAGUUACAAUGACUCGUGCAGAUGGUCAAAGUGAACCCGUGGAAAUUCAUCAGAUUGAUAAGUUUUUAUGGGAUUGCUUCUACAGUCCACAGCGACCUGGGAAGUACACACUUAAUGUACGCUAUGGCAAUGGACAUAUUCAACAUAGUCCUUAUACUAUUGUUGUAGGUCCACAUAAGAAAUCUGCUAUUCGCGCUUUUGGACCAGGCUUAGAAGGCGGUGUUGUCAAUCAACCCAAUUUAUUUACAAUCGUGUGCAAUGGAGAUGGUUCUGGAUUAGGUUUUUUGAUCGAAGGGCCUAGUGAGGCUAAAGUACUGUGCCAAGACAAUGGAGAUGAUUCUGCUCAAGUAACCUAUACGGUUUCACAACCUGGUGAAUACGCAGUUCAUGUUACAUGUUUCGAUGAAGAUAUCCCUGGAUCACCAUAUAUGCCUAUAAUAACUCCUUGUCUUGAAGAUAUUCAUUCUAAUAAGUUGCGUGUUUAUGGUCCUGGUGUUGAGAAAAUGGAUCUUAGUAUCGGUCAUUCUACGGAAUUUUAUAUUGAUGGUUUACAGGAUGCUGUUCCUCCUCAACUUUCACGUUCCCUGAAGGAUUCUCUGUUGCAUGUAGAUUGCCAUGAUACUACAGGUAAUCCAGUGCCUGUCCAAUCUAGUAUACGCUCUGAUGGCACUGUAGUUUGUACGUACAAACCUAUGUCUUCUGGGAUUCAUACCGUAUAUGCUUCAAUAGCCGGUAUAUCUCUCAAAGGCUCACCAUUCAGGGUAACCGUUGCUCCAGAAAUUCAACCAGAUAAAAUGAAAUUAUGGGGUCCAGGUUUACAAAGUGCUACCAGAAAAAAACCAACUCAUUUUUUCAUUGAUUCUCAAGAAGUGUUUUCUGGUGAAAAUGAAAUUGAAUUAAUGGCUAACAAUCCAGUUUCUGUUAAUAUUGUAAAUGAUCAAGGUCAUACAAUUUCAACACGUUUAAGUAAACAAUCUGAUAAUACUGUUCGUAUUGAAUAUACACCAACAUCAUUAUGUACAAAUGUGCAUAUAACACCAUUAAUAGGUGGUACACCAGCAAAAUCCUCUAUACAUGUACCCGUUGCAUGUGGCUUUGAUAUUUCAAAAAUUAAAGUUCAAAAUUUAGAUACAAUAGAUAAUGAGAAUAUUCUUCAUGAAAUGAAUACAAUUAAUGUGGUGAAUAAUAUAGAAUCAAUUGUUGUUGAUCCUAUAAACAAUAACAAUAUUGAUUUGUACAGUGGUAAAUCUAAUGAGGAAGAAUUACACCAAACGAGGAUCCCUGGUGAUAAUAAUAUUUCUUAUAUGGAAACUAAUAAUAACUGUUUUGAUGAGUUAACAAAAGACAAUUCAUAUAAAAAGAUUAAUGAUAUUUUAGAAAAACUAGAUAAUCAAUUUGAUGCAAAGAAAUCCUUUAUUAAUGGUGAUAAUCAUGCAUAUUCAAAUUGUUCUCAUGAAAAUACUCAUAGGAUUUUUAUUACUAAUGGUUAUUUAAAAGAAUUUGAACAAAAUAAUAAUAAAAUGGAAUUGCUUCAACAUAUAAAAUGUAACAACCAUUUAAUAACUUCAUUAAAUGAAAAUGAAUUAUCAAUUAGUACUGAUUGUCAUUUAAUUAAUCAUGAUGAUAGUAAUAAUAUUGCACAUAUUACAAACUGUACUCCACUGUCAUCAGUUCAAAAAUAUCCUCCCAGGCCAUUUAUAACUGAAGAGGAGAAAACUGAAAUAAUAGCCAAAAGUAAAUGGCCUCAAUCGAUGCCGGAACAACACGCAUAUCAAAUUACAGCUCAAGGUUCAGGACUUGACAAAGCUAUUGUUAAUGAACCAGCUGAUUUUGUUAUCAAUAGCGAAAACGUUCCACCUGCUCCAUUGAGUGUAACGAUUGCUGGACCAAGUGAAGCAAAAAUUCAUUGUAUAGAUAAUGGGAAUGGAACAUGUGGUGUCAACUAUACACCAUUACUACCAGGUUGUUAUACUAUAAAUGUGGUGUAUAAUGAUGAAUCGCAUAUAUCUGGUAGUCCAUUCUUUGUUCAAGCAUAUCCGGCUGAUAAACCAAAUUUAACAGUAGAUGAUGUCAUCUGUUAUGGAGUUGGAGUAGAUUCUUCUAAUGAAGUUCAUAAAGCUUCGUACGUCAAGUUCACUGUGGAUGCAUCGGCUAUUGAUGCAAACUCUGAAGGAACUGUCACAGCUGUUCUUACUGGUCCAGAUAAUGGAAAAUCAGCCUGUCAAGUGUUAAGCAAUAAAGAUGGAACAUAUAUUUGUAAUUAUACUCCAUUGGAAGAAGGUCAACAUAAAAUACAUGUAAAUUAUGAAGGUUUACCAGUACCAGGAAGUCCCUUUCAUAUUAAUGUUGUUCCUGGCUGUGACCCGAAUCGUGUAAAAGCCUAUGGACCCGGUUUAGAAAAUGGACCUCAUUUAAAACCUGGUGUGCAGACAAGUUUCACGGUAGACUUAACCGGAGCUGGACAAGGUGGUUUAGGUUUAGCUGUUGAAGGUCCAAGUGAAGCACCGAUCGACUGUCAUGAUAAUCGUAAUGGUACAUGUACUGUUUACUAUACGCCAUCUGUUUAUGGCUCUUAUGCUGUAUAUGUACGAUUCAAUGAUGUAAAUGUUCCAGGAAGUCCAUUUAAUGUAAAUGUUAGUCCGAAAGUUGAUCCCAACCAAGUUAGAUGCUAUGGUUCCGGUCUAGAAUCUGGUUUAUUACGUGCUGGAUGGCCAGCUUACUUUACUGUGGAUACAAAAAAUGCUGGUGAUGCACGCCUAAAGGUUAUGUAUACUCCUAAAUCUGGUGGGGAAUUAUGUCCUGCAAUUGUCCAACCUUUUGGUGGAGGAUCAGAAAAAGACUCAACUCAACAACAUUAUUAUAAGGUUACAUAUACUCCUGAAACAGAUGGUCCUUGCCGAAUUGAAGUCACCUAUGAUGAUGUUCAUGUUCCUGGCUCACCAUAUGUUGUGAAAAUAAGAAAAGCAUCUGAACCGAACCUUGUUCGUGUUCUAGGUGCAGGUAUUAAAGGUCCUGUUCUUGCCAGUCUACCAGCAACUUUUACAGUUGAUGCUCGUGAAGCUGGUAUGGGAGAUUUAACUUUAGGAAUUACUGAUCCUAAAGGACAAUCUGUCCCAGUCCGAGUUGUAUCAGUGCCUGUAGAUAGUGAAUCUGUUGCUACUAAUGGAGUAGUUCCAUCUGUAACAAGUUUAGCCUCUGGUGAUGUUAGUGAUACGGGAUUAUUAUCUUGUACUUAUGAACCAUAUUUAAUUGGACCCCAUAAUAUUCACGUUAUGUUUGCUGAUUCAGAAGUGGUUGAUAGUCCAUUCACUGUUCACAGUGUAGCUACCGGUCGAGCUGAUUUAUGUGAAAUUAAAAGUGGUAUCAAGAAAGUUAUACCAGUUGGUAAAGAAAAUGUCAUUAAAGUGGAUACUUCAUUGGGUGGUAAAGGUCGUUUAACUUGUCAAGUUAUUCAGCAUCCAAUUAAUCAGUCUUCAUCUACUGCUACUCUUCUCCCGGUUGAAACAGAACAUAAUGGUGACGGUACUACGUGUGUGUAUUAUACACCAACACAAUUAAGUGAAUUAAAUGUGGAAUUGCGUUAUGGUGGUCAACUGAUUCCUAAUGGUGAAUUUGUUCAGAAAGUAGUCUCCCCUGAAGAUAUUAUAGAUGAAAAUUCUCAUUCGAAUAUGUACCGACCUGUUGUAUUUCGUCUACCAGCUCCUCGAAAUAAAGCAAAAAUUGAAGCCAUUGUAUUACGUCCAUCAGGUUUACAACAACAAGUUCCAGUUAAAAUUAAUGAUGAUGAAACAAUUACUAUAACAUAUGAUCCUGUUGAACAUGGAAUGCAUGAAUUACGUAUAAAUGUUCAUUCACCUGUAAAAUCUGGUUCACCAGACAGUACAAUCUCUAUGCCAUUACAAGGUAGUCCAUAUAAAUUUUAUGUGGAUAUUACUGGUACUGGUCGAAUUACUGCAUAUGGUCCUGGUCUUAGUCAUGGUAUAACUUCUCAGUUAGCUGAGUUUACUAUUGUUACUAAAGAAGCUGGUGUUGGUGGUUUGUCGGUGUCUGUAGAAGGUCCUUCCAAAGCGGAAAUACAAUGUGUGGAGAAUGCUGAUGGUACUUGUAGUGUCAGCUAUUUGCCACUUGCACCUGGUCAGUAUACAAUAACAAUUAAAUUUGCAGAUGAGCAUAUACCUGGAUCGCCAUUUAUCGCUAAAAUCACAGGUGAUUUACUGAAACGUUCUCAAGUAAGCAUGGGUGCACCAAGUGAUAUUGCUUUGGAAGCUGUUGAUGAAGAUAUUGCUACUUUAACAGCUAGUGUUCACAGUGCAUCUGGUCGAGAAGAGCCAUGUGUAUUGAAAAGUUUACCUAAUAAUCGUUUAGGCAUUUCAUUCACUCCUAAGGAGGUUGGCGAACAUCUGGUUAGUGUAUUUCAAGCGGGAAAGCAUAUAGCCAAUAGUCCUUUUCGAAUUCGUGUUUCUGAUAAAGAAAUCGGUGAUCCACGACGUGUACGUGUUAGUGGACCAGGUUUAAUAUCUGGUUUAUCCAAUAAACCUAAUCAAUUCACAGUGGAUACACGUGAUGCCGGUUAUGCUGGUUUAAGUCUCUCUAUCGAAGGUCCAAGCAAUGCAGAUAUAGAAUGUCACGAUAAUAAUGAUGGUACAUGUACUGUUAUCUACACUCCAACGGAACCUGGUCAAUAUGCUAUCAAUGUAAAGUAUGCAAAUGUUCACGUCCCAAAUAGCCCAUUCUGUGUUGAUAUCGGUGGAGAACCUUCAAUGAAAAUGAUGGAACGAAUUACUAGACGACGUGAAGCAUCAAAAGUUACAUGUGUUGGCAGUCGAUGUGAAUUAAGUCUACGGCUUACAGACACAAAUCCAAAUGAUUUAUCUGCUACAAUCACUUCACCUUCUGGUCAUACUACUCGUUGUGAAAUUGUUCCCAUUGAUAAUGAACAUUAUAACAUUAAGUUUAUACCACAAGAAAUGGGUGAACAUUUAGUAACUGUUAAACACAAAGGAAUUCAAAUAUCAGGGAGUCCAUUCCACUUUACCGUUGGUCCAAUCACUGAUGGUGUAGCUAACAAAGUUAGAGCAAUAGGUUCUGGUCUUCAAGAAGGCUGGACACAUAUUACUAAUGAAUUUUCAAUAUAUACACGUGAAGCAGGCGCUGGAACAUUGUCAAUAGCAAUGGAAGGUCCUAGUAAAGCAGAAAUUGAUUGCGAUGAAAGACGCGAUGGUUCAUCAGCUGUACUAUAUCGUGUUACUGCACCAGGCACAUACAUCUGCUCACUUAAGUUCAAUGAUGAACACAUUCCUUGUUCCCCAUUCCGUAUACAUGUUUCUGACUCCACACAAACUAGACGUAUAGCAUCUUACAUUCUACCCUCUCGUACCACUGAUGUUCACUCUGCUCGCAGUACAUCCAGUAAAGAAGAAACACUUCGAAUUGGACGUCCAAUAGCCUUCACUGUACAUCAUGUUGAAACGCCUGGAUAUAUUUUAAAAGCAAAAGUAUCAACUCCUUCAGGUACUCAUGAAGAUGCUAUUGUUCAACCUAUUGAUCCAGAUCAAUUUGUAAUCCGUUUUGUUCCACGUGAAGGUGGUCCACAUUUAGUUCAUGUACAUUCUGUGCCUAUAAAGGAUUCAAAUAAAGCUGAUUGGAGUUUUGGUCCAAAUUCAUUGUAUAAAUCAAUUCAAGGUUCACCUUUUCGACUUGUAGUUAGUCAGCAUGCUGCUGAUCCAGGUAUGGUAUGUGCCUCUGGAGAAGGAUUACGUAAAGGAAAAGUUGAUAUGAAGAAUUCCUUUUUCGUUAAUACUACUAAUGCUGGUUGUGGUGUACUAAAUGUCACAGUCGAUGGACCAAGUAAAGCAACUGUUACUAGUCAAGAACAUGAUGAAGGUUAUGCAUUUUUCUAUACACCAACUGUUCCAGGUAUUUAUGAAAUAACUAUUAAAUAUGGUGGUAAUUUUCAUAUAAGUGGUUCACCAUUUCGAGUUGAAGUUACAGGAACGCCUAGAUCAGAAGUUACUGAUUCUCGUUCAGAAGAUCGUCAAUCAAAUGUUACUUUAGAAACUGUUGGUAAAACAAUGACAGGAGUAUCAGCUUCAGCUGAACUAGAAAAUCACUGCUCAGGAUCUCAUCCUGAAUUAGUCACUUGUCAAGGACUUGGUUUAAAAUAUGCAGAACGUGAUCGUCUAAAUUGUUUCAAUGUUGAUGCAAGCCAAGCAGGUAAUGAUGUUCUACUUAUUGGUAUUUGUGGUCCAAAACAAGGAUCUGAAGAAGUGGUCGUUAAACAUUUAUCCAAUAAUCAAUACACUGUAUCAUAUCGUGUAUUUCAAAGUGGUAAACACUUUUUAGUAAUUAAAUGGGGUGAUCAAGAUAUACCAGGUAGCCCAUUCGUGAUUGAUAUCCCUUAGAAACACAAUUACAAACUGUUUAUAAUAAUGAUAAAAUCAGCGUAAAUAAAAUAAUCAAUUAAUUUUAAUUAACGGAAUCAUUUCACAUAGAUCAAUAUGUUUGUCUAUGCGUGUGUGUGUGUGUAUGUGUGUGUGAGUGUGUAUGUGCUAUUUUUGUGUAUCUUCUUAAAUUGUUAAAUUUUUUUUUGAUGCCUCUCAUAUUACUUAUUUCUUGUUUAAAUUUCCCCAUUUACUAAAAAAAUAAAACUGCACAAAUUUUGCUUGCCAUCAUUAGCCAUAUUAGUCAGUUAUAUUUGAAAAUGCAAAUUAUUCAUUCAUAUUGUAUCGUUUCUUUUUUCGUUUUAACCAACAACAAAAAAAAACUAUCAAACAAUUUGUCAAGUGCCUUUCUUUUGCAUAGAAACAUUACCUGCUUUCUUCAUUGUCUGCCUUAUUAUGAUUAUUAUCACUAUUGUUACCAUGAUUAAGGUUUGUACAAACCAAAUGCCUAACAUUCAAAUAUUAUUCCUUUUUUUUUAAUUUUUCGUAUACACUUUAUAAAUCUUCUUUAUGUUACCAUAGCCACACACAGAGACACGCACAUACACACUUUUUUUCUGUUUCAUCAAUCAUUCAUUAUAUACAACAUGAGAUCAGUUCAAUUCUUCUAUUUGUUUCUAAUUUUAACAACAAAGUCGAAUGAUUUAUGUGUGUAAUUCUCAAUUUUCAAAUAAAUUGGUACUAUUCAUAUUU